UUGAAAUGUUGACAUUUGGAAUUCUUUUGCUAAUACUUAGGCCACUCAUCCUUGAAUCAUGCCUAUAAGUAGAGACACAACUUCGGCAAUUAUCUCACAACUCACUAAACCAGUUUAGUUUACAACAAUUUUGCUCAAAUCUUUAGCUCUUUUUUCAUAUACACUAAGGCCAAAAACACACAAUGGGUGUGACUACCUAUACCGAUGAAGUGACAACUCCCAUUGCAGCUGAAAGAUUGUUCAAAGCUUUCUUUGUGGAGUCAAACAACCUCUUCCCAGAGCUGUUGCCAGGACUUAUUAAGAGCAUCAAAUUUAUUGAGGGUGAAGGUGGUGCCGGAACCAUUAAGCAGAUCGAAUACCUUGAAGGAGGCACAUGGAAGAACAUGAAAACCAAGAUAGAUGAGUUUGAUGUGAAGAAUUUGGUGUGCAAGUACAGCAUUUUCGAGGGAGAUAUGGUUGGAGGCGAGCUUGAGACUAUUUCCUACGAUGUGAAGAUUGAAGCUUGUGGCGAUGGAAAGUGUACUUGCAGGACCAUAAGCAAGUAUCACACCAAGGGUGAUUCUGUCAUUAAUGAAGAGGAAAUGAAGAGAGGCAAAGAGAAAUCUGAGGCAAUUUUCAAGGCUGUUGAAAAGCACUUGGUCGAAAAUCCAACCAUUUACGCUUAACUAAACUUACUUGUUGUCUUGGAUCAAUUCCACUUCCAUGAGUGUGCUAGUGUGAUCAUCGUCUUUGAAUUAAAUAAGGAAUUGAAUGUGUUUGAGUUUGAGUUUUCGUCUCUUCAUACAACAUAUGCUAUGUGCAUUCUAGCAUUAAGUGUCCUUAUAACAUGAUAACACAGCAUUUGCUUUAGUGUGUAAUACUCCGUAAUAUAUAUUGUAUGAAGUUUUGUUUACAAGUAAAUGAAAAUGACCUUUCCAUGUCUGGUAUGACCCUCUUGGGCAAGAGCGGCAUGGCAAGCUCCUUUGUAAUCUGGGGUUGGCUUAAAAUGUU